UAAUUCUAUGGUGCUGUAGUAUAAUAUCGCAAAUUAUUUUAUUUGAAAACAUAUUUAGUUUAUUAGUAAUUGCACAAAGUUAGAUAACAUACGAUUUGUACAAUAAUGUUUAUACGAAAUGCGUUAAGUUGUUCAAAAGUUGCCUUACAAAUUGGUAGGCUUCAGUAUAUUAAUCGUGCAUUAAGUGUAAGCCCAUCACUUAAACAAGAAGUGAAAGUAACAUUUGUCCGUGCUAGUGGUCAGAGAAUAGAAACUAAAGGAAAUGUAGGAGAUACUCUAUUGGAUGUUGUAGUUAAUAAUAGUAUUGACUUAGAUGGUUUUGGUGCGUGUGAAGGCACGCUUACAUGUUCCACUUGCCAUUUAAUAUUUAAACAACCUGAUUACGAUAAUUUGCCUGAAAAGCCCGGAGAUGAAGAAUUAGAUAUGUUGGAUUUAGCGUAUGAACUAACAGACACCUCAAGGCUUGGUUGCCAAAUAACGCUUACCAAAGAUAUGGACGGUUUGGAAGUACAUGUACCUACGACUAUAAAUGAUGCCCGAAGUGCGUAACACUUUUGUAAAUAAUACCUUUCAAAUACUGUGUGCUUUCUAUUAAAAUAAUAUAAUUAUUUGUUUAUAUGUAACAAUUUUAAAAUAUCUAGUUAAUUUCAAAUCACAAAUAGGAUAAUAUUUUAAAUUGUAUAUACAUAAUUUAAUAUUAAAUUGUAAAAGUUGCCGGCAAUAAAAGGAAAUAGAUACAUAUGUUGAUUUUAUUUACAUAUUUUAAAUGUUCUGAUAAAGUCUGUACAAAAAUAAGCAACGCUGAAG